UGCUCCUCCGCCGCCGAUCAGGCAGGAUCCUCCGGCGUCUGACGGCUCCAGUUCAGCUCCAGUUCGGUCCGUCGCUGCUCCGUCAGGAUGUUCUGUGAGAAAGCCAUCGAGCUGAUCCGGGAGCUGCACCGGAUGACUGACGGACAGCUGCCCGCUUUUAACGAGGACGGUCUGAGGCAGGUUCUGCAGGAGAUGGAGGCUCUAUAUGAGCAGAACCAGGCUGAUGUGAAUGAAGCGAAGACCGUGGGCCGCGCCGACCUCAUCCCCUCCAUCAAGCUGCGUCACAGCUGCCUGCUGAGGAACCAGCGCUGCAUCGUGGCCUACCUGUACGACCGGCUGCUGAGGAUCAGAGCGCUGCGCUGGGAGUACGGCAGUGUGUUGCCCGCCAACGUACGCUUUCACAUGUCUGCAGAGGAGGUGCAGUGGUUCGGUCAGUAUAAAAAGUCUCUGGCCUCCUUCAUGCGCUCCAUCGGUGGAGAGGAAGGUCUGGACAUCACGCAGGACAUGAAGCCUCCAAAGAGCCUCUACAUCCAGGUGAGGUGCUUGAAGGAUCAUGGAGAGUUUGAGAUUGAUGAUGGAACGGUGAUCCUCCUGAAGAAGAACAGCCAGCACUUUCUACCACGGUGGAAAUGUGAACAGCUGAUUCGCCAGGGCGUUCUGGAACAUGUGAUGUCCUGAUGAACAUGAUGGCGACGUUCCAGGAAUGCAUCGGUGGCCAUGUUAUCUGUGGUUUUACAAUAAAGCUUGUUCUGUUUUUUUUCCUAA